AUGGCACUGCUCCUCGGCCGUAAGCUGGAUGUCAUCGGCCCAGAAGCAACACAGCCGUUGACUGCAAGGCUCGGUGAUAAUUUUGGUCGGAGCGACAGCUUCGUUCUCGCGACGUUAGUGCCCAUGGCUGGGAAUUUGGCCUGCGGACUGGCCGGUUCGCGUGUUUGCAAUUCGGCUGUCGCGAAACCAUUCAAGCACUUCCUCGCUAUUCUCGGAACUUUGAGAGCCGUCCUAGAGCGGCGGAUGAUGCCCGGCGAUGGCGUACCCAUUGACGAUCAGUGCGAUGACGAAGACAAGAGCCAGAAGAGGAGUGACCCGCAUCUCAGCCGAUUGUGCAUGUUAGAAUGGAAAAUCCGCCUACGGAGUACGGAGCAUAAAGUCCCCGCUUGA